AGUUUGCCCCUAUUAUGUACACAUUAAUGCUGUCUUUGUUUGUUUGAGUUUAAAAGACAGCUUCAGCUGCCUGGGUUGCACUCUGGUGGGACGCAUCAUGGAGAGAACUGUGGUGCAGCUAACCCUCUUUGGGCUGCUGCUGGCUUUGGCUACCACACUACCAAACAAGGAUGACUGGGACAUCUACAGCUUUCACAUCAACUCUACAGUGACCGAUCGCUAUGCCACCACUGUCAUCACAAGCCGUGUGGCCAAUCGUAUGGAUGAGUCAAAGGAAAUAGAAUUCCACGUUAGGAUUCCAAAGAAUGCCUUCAUCAGUAAAUUCAGAAUGUUUAUAGAUGGCCAGGCAUAUGAUGGUAUUGUGAAAGCUAAGGAGCAGGCUCAGAAACAGUAUACUGAAGCUGUAUCUCGUGGCCAAAGCGCUGGGAUUGUCAGCUCUGUAGGCAGGACCCUGGAAGAAUUCAAGACUUCUGUCACUGUGGCUGCUCACCAAAAGGUCACCUUUGAACUCACAUAUGAGGAACUGAUGAAACGUACCCUUGGGAAGUAUGAGUUGCAAAUCCAUGCUCGACCUAUGCAGCCUGUCAAAGACUUCAAGAUUGAUGUGCACAUUCAUGAGAAAGCUGGCAUCAGUUUCAUCAAUGUGAAAGGAGGACUAAGCACCAAAGCCCUGGCUAAUGCCAUCACCAAAGAACAAGCAGACAAACAGGCAUGGGUGCAUUUCUAUCCAACAGAGGACCAACAGAAAACCUGUGACAGCUGCGGAGUGGAUGGUAUGAAUGGAGAUCUAGUUAUUGUUUAUGAUGUAAACAGGGGCACCACACUGGGAGACAUCAAGAAAUCUGAUGGGUACUUUGUUCAUCACUUUGCUCCAACUGGUCUUUCCCGAAUACCAAAAAAUGUUGUCUUUCUUAUUGAUCAAAGUGGCUCAAUGCAUGGCAGAAAAAUAGAGCAGACACGAAUCGCAUUAAUCCACAUCUUAAAUGACCUGGCUGAAGAUGACUACUUUGGUCUUAUCACUUUUGAUGGUAACAUUAUUCACUGGAAACAAGAACUUGUUCAGGCCAGCAGUGAAAAUGUGGAGAGCGCCAAGAAUUUUGCAAGGACAAUAAGAGAUAGAGGAGCCACAGACAUUAACCAAGCAGUGUUGAAAGGAGCAAGUAUGCUGAAUGCACAUCCAAGAGAAGGUUCAGCAUCUAUCCUUAUACUUCUCACAGAUGGAGAUCCAACCUCAGGCGAGACAAAUAUUGAAGUGAUACAGUCCAAUGUCAGAAGGGCCAUUGCAGAUAAAUUCCCACUCUACUGUCUUGGUUUUGGUUUUGACGUCAAUUUUAAGUUCCUUGAGAAAAUGUCACUACAGAACAAUGGUGUGGCAAGACGAAUUUAUGAAGACUCUGACGCUGAUUUGCAGCUGAAGGGUUUCUAUGAAGAGGUAGCUACUCCUCUGUUGACAGACCUGACACUGCUCUAUGCUGGUGGAACCAAUCUUACCCAGACUAACUUCAGCAUGUAUUAUAAUGGCUCUGAGAUCGUGGUGGCUGGUCAGAUCACUGACAAUGACGUGGAAACUUUCACUCCACAAGUUGUGGCCUUUUCGGGGAAUAGAAGGGUAACCUUUUCUGGCACAAACACCUCUGUUGAGUCGACUGGAACGGAGUCUGGUGGCCACAUCCAGAGGGUUUGGGCCUACCUCACAGUUAAACAGCUUCUGGAGAAAGAGCUGCAGUUAUCUGGACCUGAGAAAGAGAAGGUGAAGAAAGAUGCUUUGGAGUUGUCACUUCAGUAUAGCUUUGUGACCCCACUCACAUCCAUGGUGGUCACCAAGCCUCCAGGGGAGAACACAGAUGUGCUUCAUAAACCCAAGGAAGAGGGAAGGUUUGACACUCCUGAGGGUGCAGACAUGAUGCCAGUUAUUUACAUGGACGUCUAUGAGGAUGCUGACUACGAUACUGUACCUAUAAGUCAUGCCUACAGUGUGCAUCGAAGACUAAAACUUCAGAGACGUAAACCACCUGUUUGGCGUCCUCCUCCUAUCUUUGUGUCAACAGCAGCAGCAACUUCUGCCCCUCUUUUGCACAGAUUUUUGCUGAAAUCUGACAGUGCAUCUCCUCCACUAUGCUUUGAUGUCAACGGAGCUGCUCUCCUUAAACUGCUGCACCACCCCAGCAGAGAGCUGUAUGUGAACGGUGAGCUUGACUCAGUAACAAAUGGGGGCUUCAAAAAGAUUGUCGUCCACUUCACUGCUGAUCAGCAUGUUGAAGUUACCACCACAGGAGUCACUGUGCGAGUGGGGCAGAAUGUAACACACCACACUGGACAGGAUCCCAUCGCAGUCGGAAGUAUGACAGUGAUUCGGCGGGACAAGGAAAUCGAUGUUGCAGCUGCAGAUGCUCGCCUGGUCAUUUUAGUUCAUCAGAAGAAUGGCAAAGAAUUGCUUUGGCCAGUUUUGAGACAGAAGCCGUCAGCCACCAACAUGGAGGGAAUUUUAGCUCUAUCGCCAGCAGUUUAUGAGGAGGUGCAGCAAGCUUCCCUCACAAAACUGAAGAUCAAAGACCAGGAGAUUUCUGCCACCAGUGCCACUGCGGUCAACUAUGGUAUUGUGUUUCCUCUGACAAUGAACUGCUGGCUCAUGUCUGCUGAGUCCGCCCUGCAGAGACGCCUAGAUGACUUCUUUGUUGCGCAACUUUAACUGGGGGCCAUGUUGAAGAAUUUGAAAAUAUUUCACGCAAAAGAAAAUGAAGGCAAUUAAUACUUAGUAAUUAAGGAAAAUCAGUACCUAAACUUUCAGCUUGUAACUAGCAUUGAGAAAGUAAAGCAUCCUACAUCUUGGAUUGUCUGAUAUGAAGUUAAUUGUUCUGCAGAAAAAACUGAAUUACAUGGCAUCCACUUAUCUUCCAUAAUGAUCUGAACCUUCAGCCACUGGGCAUUGGUUAUCACUUUGCUUUGUAGUAUCUGAUCUGAGAUAUAUGUUGAGAUAUAUGUUGCUUAUUAGAAUAGAUGUGUUUUUUUGCUGAAGGAAGUCAUUUCUGUGAUUAGAUUGGGGAUCAUUAUGUCCAGGUAAUGAUAAUUGAUAAUUCUUUGGGGCUCGAAUGAGUCUUUGGGUGUCUUAAUGAUAGGGGGUUGUUCUGCAGGGUCUUGUUCCAUGACCAGAUGUCUUUUAAUUAGGAAACAUAUAUUGUGACCUCAUACUUGUCCAAAACAUAUAAAUAUGAUCUCAGAUUGCUGUUCGGGGAGAUUCAUUUGGCCGGAUUCUCCCAGACAGUCUCUCUGUCUGAUCGAUGCUGUUCUUCCUUAUAAUAAACUCAUUAUUAAGCAA